AUGGGCGAUCGAAGUAGCAAAAAAGGAGCAGCUCCAUUCUACGCAGCACCACGUAGAAAGACGUCUGCCGAAAUCAUCAGCGAAGCGCGAGACGCUAUCAGAGAAAUGUCAGGUCCCUCUAGUGGAACAAGCCUAAGCGCUUUACGACCACUAAGUACACGGCGACCCUUCACACCACGAGAACCGCAACGGACACUGUUCCACGAACGAACGAAGAAAAAGGAUCCAAGAACGACCACUUUCGAGUACAAUUCCAAAUAUACAACUUUAGCUGAAGAUAACGAGGACCUUGUGUUAGCCCGACCUGGACAAGAUGAAGAUUUAACAUUCUUAAAUAUUUCGCCACAACUCGCUAAGAACAAAAAAGCUUUGAUUCGCAGUAAAGUUGGGCUACUGGAAAAAGCUACCGACUCCUCAAGUUUUGCAAAACUACCUCAUCUUAGUGGAAAGAGUAAACCCCUGCAUCGUCGUAAUACCACGUCUUACAAUGAUGCAGCUCACACUGACAACGACCUGGCACAAGCAAUAUCUAUCACCAGACCAAUUGGGCAAUCUGCUGGAGACGCACCAAUCGUCGGGUCAUUGGCUGGCAAAUCUCACAGCCCAGACGUAAACAAAAGAGGCCAAUACGGUGUAAGCAAGUCUUUGUCUUGCGAUGACAGUUUCGGAGCAUUGGGCGAUGUUGGUGUCAAGCAAAUCGCUGUGCAGUUACCAAAAGCUGUCGAGAACUAUCAUAGUAUGACACUCCUCGAGCUUUCCGAAGCUCUUUCGCAGAAAUCUCACGAUACCAACCGUACGAUGGAACUAUUGCAAGCUCUACAGAAUAAGAUUGAAGCUUGCUCACCGACGGGCAGCUUGAGAGAUUUGGUCUUGAGAUCUCUAUAUACACACAUAGACGGCGAGGACGAAGUCCUUGUAUCCAUCGCGAGAGCUAUGCUUACGAUGCGAGUAACGGGAUCACAUCUAGCAACCGCUAGCAAACUGGUGUUUAAAAUUGCGAGAAACGAUAAGAACGACCAUUUCUUCAGGAACAGCAAUCUUUUGGACCUAGUAAUAGAAGGAUGCGGAAGAGCCGAGCCGCUGUCAGAGAGCGAAUGCUGCGUGUACGCAGCGGGUGCGCUGCGCUUUUUGGCUUUGAACCCGGUGCUUUGCGAUCUUGCGCAUCGGGCUGGGGCAUUGCAUUUAGCAGCUUUACACCUGAAGAUACUUAACAAUGCGAAGACAGAAAGACCUAGACAAAUGUCUGAGCAAGCGAUACACGCCCUGUACCAAGUAACGGGCGCAAUGAGAAAUCUCGCCAACUCAAGAGAAUAUUCACCGUCCUUUGUUACGAGUGCGGCCAUCGCCGAACUAUUAUCUGCUCUGCAACUACACACGGAUCGAGAUGUCCUUACGAACGUGGCUAGGUGUCUUAGUGUACUAUCUGCGGAGGAAGCGUGUUGCUCGUGGCUUUGCGCCUGUGCGUGGAGCGCACACGCAUUAAUUAGUGCCCUCGCUGCGUGUGCGUCCAGAGCUCCACUAGCCGUGCGUCUAACAUACACCCUUGGCAACAUGGCGGCCGCUGAUGAGCAAGCUUCUAUCAAUAUUUAUAAUGAAGAGAACAGCUUAGAUGUAUUACUUACUAUAUUGGAGUCUUACACGAAACGUACAAAUGGCCACGGACGAGAUCUCAAUUCUGACCCAGAUUUAAAUUUAGUUGGAUCUGAUCUUGAAGGUUCCGAUGGUUCUAAUGAGGACGUUCUAGUUAAGACUGUUCGGGUGAUCGCCAACCUAUGUCUCUCUGAAGUUGUGGGGAAACGUAUAGCCUCAUCCCACGGAGAGCGAUCGAUCCGAGCUCUACUUUCCUGCUUAGAAGUUGCUGAACAGUAUAACCAGCUCAUAACUGAGAAGGAACAAUCUCACUAUAACAGACAUCACGAGUUAGCAAUGGCUUCGCUAGCCACUCUCAACAAUGUAACGUUCUACUUGGAACCGCCGCCUUCUCCACGACAGAUAGAUGAUACACUUGAUCUACUCUGUAAAGCUACCUGUCGAUGGACAAGGCAAGAAGGGAUGGCAGCGUGCGAAGCCCUACGCACCCUUGGCAAUCUGUCUCGUUCGGCUCGUGCCUCCCAGAUCCUAGUGCUGGAAGGGGCUCUGGAUUUUUUACCUCGCUUCUCUACGCACCACGAAGCGGAUGUUCGUUACGCUGCUGCAGGCUUGCUGGUAAAUGUAUGCGGCGCGGGAUGCGGAAUAGACGAAGGGGUCGCUGUGGCCGCAUCCGCUUUAAACGCCGCCGCAGAAAUAGCGGACGCACCUACAGCCGCGUUGCUCGCGCGCGCACUCUGGAAUGCGCACGCGCACAAACCUCUUCACCCCGAACAUGUAAAGGAAGCGACAGAUGCGCUUGCUUCUUUUAUAGAUGACGACUCAAUAUUUAGUGCAUGCGAAGCGCAUAAAGUGUCAAACAAUAUGACUAAGCAACAUGUAAAAUUCGCCAUAGAGCAAGAGAGUGUUGAAGACUUAGACCAACCUUUUCCAGCGAAAUUAAUUAAGCCUGGUUUGCAAGUGAACGAUGAUUUGCCCUCCGAUGACGAUGUCGAUGUGACUGGAUAUUCAGGAGAAGACUUGGGCUUCGAAGAUGGUGAAGUAGAAGAGUGUGACUGCGAUCCGUGCAGACGUCUAGCCGCUUGGGAGGAAUUAGUGGGAGUGGCGAUACCGCUUCUAGAAAAGUUACGGCCAGCUCGAGCCGAUGCUUCCGUUGGUACCGACUAG